AUGAAACGAUCAUUGAUUCGUUGGGCCCUUUUUUUGAAAGGAAAAGCAUGGCAAACGGUCCGAUACAUUCCGGUCGUUCUCAUUGUCUUAAUGUUUGUCAUCUUUUUCAUCGGACCUUUAAUUACUAGUAAAAGUUUAAUCUUUCGAAUUCAACGAGGAACACAAGAUGAAAUUGUCUAUGAUUUGUUUUUGAUCUCUUCGUAUUAUUAUCCGAAUUCGACCAGUUUGGGCGACAAUGCGGUGAGUUUAUUGUUGACCGGAAACUAUGAAGCGAUCAAAAUGGGAGGAUUGAGAAUUAUUGCAUGGAAUGACACAGCGAAUGCAAUAAUUUCUCUACCGUUAGCAAGAAUCACUCCACAUAAUGUGUGUCAUUGGAUUUCGAUGAAAGCCCUUGGCACCACUUUGCCCAAUAUGACCAAUAUGGCUCUCAUUCUUGGUGGACGAUAUCAAAAUAUUCCAUAUCGUUUACCGGAAUACCGUAAAUAUGAUGUGGUUACAUGUGUGGCUCCACUCUUCGCAAACGAACAAUGGCAAUACGCACUUUUUGCCGCUCAUACAUACAAAAGAUUCGGAGCAUUUAUGCAUUUGUAUGUGCGAAGUAUGGUGACACCGAUGUUGGAGAUGUUAAAGAUCUACGAAAAAGAGGGAUAUUUGAGGAUACAACCUUGGAUGAGAAUCAACUUGCAAACGAUCGACGAGGAUUUGUUCAAUCCAAACAUCAACAUCGAAUUUCGAAAUCAAGCAGCCGCUCAAACGGAUUGUCUUUUACAAUACAAGGAAUCGGCAUCGUACAUCUCGUUUAUGGAUUUAGACGAUAUUUUGAUUCCACGGAUUGGAAAAACGUAUUUGGAUGAGUACAAUUAUUUCUUCACCGUUUUACCACAAGCUGCCUAUAUUCACUACAGUAAGGAAAACGUGGCGGUGAAAGGACAGCGUUCCCCGGAAAAAUUUUCUCUCGCUCAAAUGUAUUCAUCCAUCUACUUUAAGCAGGUGAACGAGACGGGGAAAUUUGUGACGAGACCCCAUUUGAUCAAUGCAACGUGGAUUCAUUGGCCGACACAUAUUCAAAGGAAUAUGCAAAGCUAUGUGAUUCCACCUAAUUUGAACGCAAUCACUCACCUCAAAUUAAUGGACGAUGAUACGAGUCCGGCUGACAGGAAUAUGAUCAGAGAACCUCUCUUUGAGCCGAAAAUCUAUUUCGAGAAUGAAGUUGUCUUCACGAACUCCACCGAACGAAAACCAUUACUGUACAGAAGAGAUAUUGCAUGGAUUCAAGAAGACUUAGAGAGAAUGUUGAGGAUUCCGGAAGUGAAGGCUCUUUUCGCUUUGUUGCCAAAAGAUUUAUUCUAUUUCAAUAUCAUUCUCAAGUGUUUCAAUGAUACAUAUUAUCAAUAUCAUUAUUCGGGUCAAAUGAAUAAGAUCACAUGUCCGGGACCGGAACGGUGUCAUUUUCCCGCUAAUCCGGGUAUCAACUGUUCAAACUCUGAUGGAGAUUAUCUCUCAACAAGUGACAACAAAUUGGUCAACAUUCAUUUUGUCACUCAACAACAUUUUCGAGUCGAGGACGGGUGUAAACCA